AUGGCUGCAGAGGACUUCAAGUCAGGGAUUGAGCAGCCGAGCGCUCCAUCUCCAGCGUCCAAGAGCGCCAAAGAUGGAGUUACAACCGGUUACUCGACUCCACGGUCUCUUGAAGAACGGGAGAGGCCGCAGGGAGCGGAGGAUGCUGCUUUUGACAUGACGGAAGAUAUCCGCUACUACAAGCCAAUUGACACAUACGAGGGUAUCCAUCGCUGGGAUCCUGAGUUUGAGUGGGAAGAAUGGGAAGAAAAGAAGAUCGUCCGAAAGAUCGACCUCCGGAUCUGCACGUUCGCCUGUCUUACGUUUUUCGCGCUGCAGCUUGAUCGAGGAAAUAUCGUCCAGGCUCUAUCAGACAACAUGCUGGCGGAUCUGAAGAUGAACACGAAUGACUACAACACCGGCCAGACGAUCUUCUAUAUUUGCUUCCUCUGUGCAGAGCUCCCCUCCCAACUCGUCUCCAAGAAGCUGGGGCCAGACCGUUGGAUUCCCAUUCAGAUGGUCUGCUGGAGUUUAAUUGCCUCUUGCCAGGCUUUUCUGACCGGUCGAGCUUCCUUUUUCGCCUGUCGAGCGCUCCUCGGUCUGUUCGAGGGUGGAUUCAUCCCCGACACCAUCCUUUUCCUUUCCUACUGGUACAAAUCGAAAGAGCUUCCUAUCCGUCUGAGCGGUUUCUGGAUCACCUACGAAGCCACCGCCAUUGUCGGCGCGUUCCUUGCCUUUGGCUUCUUGCACAUUCACAACGGCAAGGAAGCUUGGAGGUAUCUCUUUGCCCUUGAGGGUCUCAUCACCGGCGUGAUCGGUAUUUUUGCGGCGUUCUACAUGCCGCCGUCUCCCACUCAGACGGCUGGCCGCUUCCGGGGGAAAAACGGAUGGUUCAGCGAAAGGGAAGAGAAGAUCAUGGUGAACCGGGUCAUCCGGGACGACCCCAGCAAGGGCACCAUGCACAACCGCCAGGCGGUGACGCCCAAGCUGCUCUGGGAGGCGCUGUGUGACUACGACAUGUGGUUGAUCUACCUGCUGGGUCUGACGUGGAUGAUCCCGCCCAGCCCGGCGUCCAACUACAUCACGCUGCAGCUGACGUCGCUGGGGUUCAACACGUUCCAGACGAACCUGCUGACCAUCCCGGCAUACGUCAUCUUCAUCAUCAAUCUCGCGUUCUGGACGUGGGUGUCGGAACGCAUCAACCAGCGGCUGCUGCUGGGCGCGAUGGCGGAGGUGUGGAACCUCGUGCUGCUGAUCGCGCUGGAGGUGCUGCCGGCGGAUGCCAGCCCGUGGUCGAGAUGGGCGAUCCUCAUUCUUCUGAUCGGGAGUCCAUACAUGCACGCGGCCAUUGUGGCGAUGACAUCGCGGAAUGCCGGGUCGGUGCGGACGCGGACGGUGGCCUCGGCGUUGUACAAUAUGACGGUGCAAGCAAGCAACAUCAUUGCGAAUAACGUGAGUUGCCAUCCGACUAGCAAAUGCGGCAUGAUACUAACGUCUGUGAAAUCAGAUCUAUCGAAACAACGACAAGCCUCUGUACCGGACAGGCAACAAGGUGCUCAUCGCGCUGAGCGUGUACAGCUUUGUCCUGUUUAUCGUGGCAAAGAUCUACUAUGA